AUGACCACAGGAAGAUUCUUCAAAGAAGUAGAACUACCUGAGCAAAAACCUUAUGAUAACGGGGUUCUCUUCCCUGCAGUGUUAGCACCAAACACUAAUGAUGAAGAAGCAAAUUUGUGUGCGUUUGAACAUGCUAUCAGAGCGGAAAAGUCCUGGCUGGAAUCUAAUCUGCAACGAAGAGGCGUUAUUCUUUUCCGAGGCUUCCAUGUUACCUCUCCUUGCGACUUCAAUCGCGUUGUCGAAGCUUUUGGCUACCCAGAACUCGUCUACGCUGGUGGCCGGGCAACUCGAACCAAAGUCGUUGGCCAGCUUCCUGACUUCCCGACGAAGUUAUUUUUCUUCUGUGAAGAAGAACUGGAAAGCGAGGGAGAAAUGCCUGUAGUUUUGAGUCAUAUCGUGUAUGAACAAAUGAAAGAAAAGCAACCCGAGUUCGUUGCUAAAGUGGAGGAGCAUGGGUUAAAAUUUAUAAUUGUAACGGGAGACGACGACCAAUCAUCAUCCAUCGGUGGCAGAGGUUGGAAGUCUACAUACAUGACAGAUGACAAGAAAGUUGCUAAUGAAAGGUUCAAUCUUAUUAAUCUUACUCCAUUAAUUAACUAA